AUGGCAGAUGAAAUGGAUCCGGAGCCAACAACAUACGAUGAAUGGAAGUUAGCAGAUGGGUUUUUUCCGGGAAAGGCUGAGAAUAAAAAGAUCACUUUCAAAUCAAGCAGCGAGGACUCAAAAUCAAACAGGGAGGACUCAGUUGGAUUUGUAAGGAUCGAUGGCGGAGAGGAAGGAUAUACCAUCAAAGACAAAGAACGCACAUUUUCUAUCCCUCCCGGUGCAAGCUUUGAGGUAUUGGGCGGCUGUUGGAUCAAAUUCACUCGAGCUUGA